AUGCUCUUAUAUCAACAUCCAAAACAAUGUUCAGCUACAGUACAAGCCUUUUUAGAUGGAAAUCCACAUUUUUGGCCAUUGGUUCCAAUGAAAAACGAAGAUGCUGAUGCCGACAAUGUUCGCUAUGAAAGAAUGCGUUUGACAACAACAACAACAACAAUAUCAAAUAUUUAUCAAGAUGAAAAUAUACAAAAAUAUCUCAAAGAUUUACCAAAUCCACCUGAAGGCUAUCGAUUUUCAAAACGUCAAAUAGAAAAACAAAUUCAUUUCUUUCGAAAGAACUUUCAUGGUACAAAACUCUACGAUGAGGUAUCUCUAUAUAAUGCAACAAUUAUUGCCGCUUUACCACACAAUACAUCAGGUCUAUUUCGUCAAAUUGUUCACUCUUUAUUUGUUACACAUACUGAAGCUAAAUUAAAUACAUUAGGCCAUAUUUUUGAUCUGAAUAUGAAUACAAAUAUAAGACAAAAUGUUUGGUGUGCAAAUUUAGUACGUCGAUCAAUUUAA